AUGUCAGCAAUGGCAGCAGACGUCGACUGGUUUUGCCGUGAGUUAACAAAGUUUGGGCUAGACAUCACAGAAGAUGUAGCAAGCUACAUGUUGUCAAUGAGCAAUGCUGAACUGGAGGAGUACAUUCAAGAACUAAUUGAUGUUUCCGAUCCUAAAGUAAGGGUGUUCUUACAGGAACUACAAGUUCGCUGUGGUCAGGAGGCACAGAGUAACAACACUGUGAAGGCAUACAGAAAGAGUUUACCAGAAGAUAACCAACAGAAGAAUCAAAAAAAGAAAAGGAAUAAAGAGCCAGAAACUUCAAAUGACAAAAUCAAACAUCAAAAUGAACCACUCUCAAAUGGAGGAUUUCGUGACAUGGCUUCAGCUCUGACCGCUGUGAACACCAAUGUUUCAUUUAACCACAACCCGGAUGAAUCCCUCACUGAAGAAAUAGGCAUUGGUGCCAAAAGGAAGACUAAAUUUGUUCCUCUUUUCAGUAAAGAAGGCCUGGCCAAAUCUGUAAUUCAGUUACCAGGCCGUUAUGUCUGCGAGUGUCAGGCUGCAAAACACAAGCUCAUCAAUAACUGUAUAAACUGUGGACGAAUUGUGUGUGAGCAGGAGGGAGCCGGUCCAUGUGUCUUCUGUGGGACUCUGGUUUGCACUCCUGAAGACCAAGAAAUCAUUGACAGGGGAUCAAAAAAGGGGGAGAAGCGUCGCCAGUUCCUGAUGAAGGGUGGGGGACAUCAGGUUGGAUCAUCAGAGAACUCAGUUGGUCUUCAGGCAACAUCAACUUUCCAGAGUAAACCAAAGAACGGGUUUGAGCAAGCACUCCAACACAGAGACAAGCUUCUGGAAUAUGACAGGACCAGUGUCAAGAGAACUCAGGUGAUUGAUGAUGAAUGUGAUUACUACGCCACGGACGCCAACCAGUGGCUGAGUUCAGAAGAACGGGACAAGCUGCGCAAGCGAGAAGAAGAAUUGAGAAAAUCUCGCCAUGGCUCUCGGAGAGACAGAAAGAUAACAUUUGACUUUGCUGGAAGACGAGUCAUUGAUGCAGAGGACGACAGCGCACAGAAGAUGUAUGACAUGAAUGAUGAGGUUAUUCAGCAGGUCCAUUAUGGAAAGUCGGUCAAAAAUUCUGCGGAUAUUGUUAACCCCUCCAUCCAGCUUGAACCUCCAAAGUUUGUUGAAUCUGUACACUGGGGUCCCAGUCGUGCCAAUCAGGCAGAUGAAAGCAGCGGUAGCUUCCAUCCAGUUAAUUCUAGUUCACAUCGGAUUCAGGACAAGGAGCUGCAGGAAAUAUCAGAUGAGGGCAUGUGUAUGAGCAUGCAUCAGCCAUGGGCCUCACUACUUGUCGCAGGCAUUAAAAUGCAUGAAGGCCGGACAUGGUACUCACCACACAGGGGCAGACUGUGGAUAGCUUCUACUGCCAAAAGCCCAUCCCCAGAUGACAUCAGAGAGCAUGAACAUAUGUACGCCCACCUUCGUAAUGAUAAGAACCUGGACUUCCCAAAGGAUUAUCCCACAGGGUGUUUACUGGGCUGUGUCAAUGUGGAAGACUGUCUCUCCCAGGAUGAAUACAGAGAGCAGUAUCCAGAUGGAGAGUCUGCAUCUCCAUAUGUUUUCAUUUGUAGCAACCCUCAGCAACUGAUUGUCAAAUUUCCCAUAAAAGGAAAACAUAAAAUAUACAAACUAGAUCCACAUAUACAUCAAGCAGCAAAGAAAGGAUUAAGAUAG